AAAGCGGAACACUUGUGGUUGCCGUGUUUCCUCCGGACGCUUGCAGAGCCGGUGCAACAGCAGUGCCUGUGUUUAGUAGAGGGCUCGUUAUCGAUUAUUGAUCAGAGGACCAUGAUGCAGUGCGGCUGGCUUCAUUCAGGUCCGCAGCUGUGGCUCAGGUGUGUCCACAGAGAGGUGAGGGUGAAGGCGGGAAAAGAGCCGCAGGUGGAGGAGCACCGUGGGUGGCUGCUGACCGUGGACCCGGUGUCCCACAGUGUGGUCCUGGUGAACUUCAGGGAUGAAGGGGCAUCGGUGCGUGUGGUUAUGGGUCACGCUGUGGAACAUGUGGAGGUUCUGAGGGAGGCGGACCGGGAGAUGUCGGAGCGCCUCCGGUGCUUCCUUCCCCCAAAGACCAUCAGCUUGGACCCUGAGGAGCUGGGGAGGAGGAGGUCCAGUGUCUGCAGGUGGCUCCAGAAGAACCGGGUUCCUGUGGAGGAGGACGGGAACGAGCUGAGAGUGGCGGGCGCUCUGACCAUUAAGGCUCCAUAUGGACCUGAGGACUGCUGCAGCUCCAACCAGAUCAUCCUGGACCGAAUCCAGAGACUGAUUCAAGUCCAGCCCGACCCACAUUCAGAGACUGAUCCAAGUCGAACUGGAAUCACAUCCAGUAACUAAUUGAUUCGAGUCCACACUGACCCGUUUCCAGCCUGACUUGCAUUCAGAAAAUGAGCCAGGUCCAGCUGGAACCAGAGAAUGAUUCGAGAAUGCACCACAGUGAUACUGGGUCAGUCUGGAUCUGGAUCCUUUAGUCCUCAUCAGGAGAACCACUUAUUAUUAAACGAUCUUUAAAAGCGCCGUGCUUUAGGACGCCAAGUCCAGACAGGUUACUGGACCCCAGCCCUAGAUACUUUCACCAGAGCCUCUCCUGAACAGAGCAAGUUUGGUGCCGCUCCUCGGAACAUCGUCCGACUAACAGCUGUGGGUGUGUCCGUCUCUUUAGACGCGGGUCUGAUGCCACUGAUGUGUGUUGCCCUUUAAAAUCUCCUAGGGCUGGAGCCCCACCCCCUCCUGCUGAUCUCAUCAAAACAGGUGAUCAUUAAUCUGUUUGAUUUGGAUCAGAACACUUUCAGAAAUGAAGCCACAGUGUUGAUUAGCUUUAUUGAUCCUGGAACUUCCCUGGGCCGGGUUCUGUUUCUCCAGCCCAAUGAACUCGAGGAGAGAGAGAACCAGCUGGCCGUGUUAAGGAACCACGGCCCAAUUUCAUGGACUGGGUUUGGAGAAGUGUCCUACUGGCGAUGCGCAGCUGAUCAAAUAAAUCUGUUUUCAGUAAUAA